AUGCUGUCUCUUAUUUUCUGUCUCGUCGUUGCAUUUAUUAUAAUAACUCCUCUUUAUAUCGUUUAUAAACCUCCCAGGGUCGUCAUCCGUUUCGCUCAGCGCAGAUGGGGGGAUAUAUUAUGGCAUGUUCCAACCUCUAAGAAGAUAGUUGCGCUCACAAUCGAUGAUGGACCGUCGAAAUAUACGCCGGAGAUACUGCAAAUACUUAAAUCUAAUGAUGCAACUGCGACAUUCUUUGUUAUCGGGUCCCAUGUCACUCCGGACCGUGAAGAGGUUCUACGUGACCUCAUCCGCGAUGGUAACGAGCUAGGCAAUCAUGCCAUGCGUGACGAGCCCUCAUGUCUGUUAGGCGAAGCUGAACUCAUCCAUAACAUCAACUGUGUUCAGAAGAUUAUAUCUGAUAUCAACUCCACUGCUGCUCCAGAUAACAUUAAUAGUCAGGAUGCAAAGGCUACUGCCACUCUGAAGAAUCUCUAUUUCCGCCCCGGGGGUGGAUUCUUUUCCACUAAAAUGCGUCGGACAAUAUCAAGUAUGGGCUACCGCCUUAUACUUGGUGAUAUUUACCCCCAUGAUCCAUUCAUACCAUUUUGGAAAAUUAACAAUUGGCAUAUCCUGAGUUCAUUGCUCCCAGGUGGAAUAAUAAUUUGUCACGAUGGGCGGUCCUGGACUCUUCCGUUAUUACGAAAACUACUACCAGAAUUGAAGCGUCGAGGGUACCGAGUGGUUACUGUGACAGAGCUAUUGAGGGAAGAAAAAUGA